AUGAGACGGGUGGUGCUGCUGCUGCUGCUGGGGGUGGGGGUCUCCACUGCCGUGCCGGACCAGUGUGAAGCUGCGAACAAACGGCAGCCCACCGCCGAGCUGGACAAGAUCUAUGGGGACUGGGUCCUGGUCUGGGCUGUGGGCGACACCAACAAGACCAGGGAGAUCCUGAGCGGCACCAACACCUCCUACGCCCAGAUCCAGCUGCUGGGGGACAACCAGACCGUCCAGUUCCACGAGAGGAACCUGUACCAGAACAACGUCUCGUCCUGCAUCUCCUUCGACAUCCGGCUGACGGUCAAUUCUACAGCCGAACAGCUGACGCUGCACACCACCAACAUCACUAUUGAGGCUGAUGGAUCUAAGCGGGAGUACCAGGAACCAGGGGAGGUGAAGGUUUACUACAGCAGCGCCGACAAACUGCUGCUCAACUACAAGGAGGAGACGGGAAGCUACCUGCUGAGCUACAGGAAGUUCGGCGCCCAUCAGGACGUGGACGAGCACCGAGCCGCCCACGACUUCCUGAAGACACAUGCAGAGUGUCUGAAUUUCCCCACAGAGGAGGCCUACGUCUACGACGGAGUGUCAGACAUCAGGAACCGACAGCAGAAACCAAUGAUCACAGUCCUUCCAACAUGCAGCAAAACCACCAGAGACAUGGACGCUGCAGGCGUCUCGGCCGGACGGGACGCCUGCCGAGACGCCACUAGGAUGACGGCUGCAGUGAGACGGGUGGUGCUGCUGCUGCUGCUGGGGGUGGGGGUCUCCACCGCCGCGCCGGACCAGUGUGAAGCUCUGACCAAACGGCUGCCGACCGCCGAGCUGGACAAGAUCGCGGGUCACUGGAUCUCCGUCUGGGGCGUGGCCGACAGCCCGGCCGGACAGGAGGUUCUGGACGGCGCGGCCACGCUACACGUGGAGUGGACGGUUCUGCCCGACAGGACGGUCCGGUUCCACGAGAGGAACCUCUACAAACAUGAUCACUCGAUCUGCAUCACGGUCAACAUCAACGCCACCGUGGAGCCAGACUCUGACCUGCUGACCCUGCAGAGCACCGGCACAGACAUGGACUUGAACGGGGUCCCGCGGCCCUACAACGAGACCUAUCAGAUCCUCUUCUACCUGACCUGUAAGGACUGCCUGCUGGCGGUCAUCAACACGGCGGAGCACGGCCGCUUCCUGAUGAACUACAGGAAGGAGGGCCACCAUCAGAACAACACGCCGCCAGCUGAACGACAAGCCGCAGAACAGCUGAUGAAGAAACAAGCCGAGUGUCUGAGUUUCCCCACAGAGAAGCCCUACGUCUACGAUGGACAGACAGGUGAGACAGCAGGGACACGGCAGGGAGACACCACAGGGGACACCACAGGGGACACCACAGGUUCUGUCACGGUCCACAUGAUCAUCAUCAUCAUCAUCAUCAUCAUCAUGAUCAUGAUCACAGAGUCAUGA